AUGCGUUUGGAAGGUGAUGAAGGCUGAGCGAGGGACGCACAUGACUCGCUCUCAACUCGCCUCGCUUCAUUAAGCAUUGCAUCCCCCCUCCUUCCCUUGCGCACACCUCUUUCUCCAAGGCACAUCUCAAACCAGCUCGAUUCUCAUCUCUCGCUCCAUUGCACCCACGCUCUGCGACAAGUCUAAGCGAGCGCAUUUCAGGCAGCGAGCAUCCAUCUCUUCACCAUCCGAGGGGGACCAGCCUCUUUCGCAGCAGGUACACUUCCACGCCACACCGGUCCUUGGCCUCCUUCUUCUUUCGCUUUGCCGGAUCAUUCCCUUCAGUGACCCAAGGCAAAGCAGCAUCUUGCUGAUCGCAUCAUGACUGCGGCAAAUGGCAGCGCAGUGGAUGCGCUAGCAUCUGGAGUAACUGAACUCUCCCUCGACACUUCCAAGCUCAACCCCUUAUCCCCCGAAGUCAUCUCCAGGCAAGCGACGAUCAAUAUCGGGACGAUCGGACACGUAGCUCAUGGAAAGAGCACAGUGGUAAAGGCUAUUUCAGGCGUGCAGACGGUCAGAUUCAAGACGGAGCUGGUGCGAAACAUCACAAUCAAGUUGGGCUAUGCUAAUGCCAAGAUCUACAAGUGUCAGCGCGAGGCUUGCAAGAGGCCAGGCUGCUACAGGUCAUACCCUUCGAACAAGGAGGAGAACCCUCCGUGCGAGGUGCCAGGAUGUGGCGCCAAGAUGGAGCUAGUCAGGCAUGUUUCAUUCGUCGAUUGCCCAGGACACGACAUUCUCAUGGCCACCAUGCUGAACGGUGCGGCAGUGAUGGAUGCAGCGCUACUUCUCGUUGCCGCCAAUGAAUCUUGCCCGCAACCCCAGACAUCGGAACACUUGGCGGCAGUGGAAAUCAUGAAGUUGAAACACAUCAUCAUCUUGCAGAACAAGGUCGAUCUGAUCAGGGAACAGCAGGCGGAGGAUCACUGGAAGAGCAUUUCUAGCUUCGUCAAGGGCACUGUUGCUGGGGACGCACCCAUCGUGCCGAUCUCGGCACAGCUCAAGUACAACAUCGAUGCUGUCAACGAAUACAUCGUGAAGAGGGUGCCUGUGCCUGUCCGCGACUUCGCCUCACCCCCGCGCCUCAUCGUCAUUCGGUCCUUCGACGUGAACAAGCCAGGAGCAGAGAUUGCAGAUCUGAAGGGAGGUGUUGCAGGCGGGUCCAUCUUGUCCGGAGUGUUGAAGUUGGGUCAGGACAUUGAGGUUAGGCCAGGAUUGAUUGAAAAGGAUCAAGACGGAAAUGUGCACUGCAGACCCCUCUUCUCAAAGAUCGUCACUCUAUUCGCCGAGUCUAAUGACCUCAAAUUCGCCGUGCCUGGUGGAUUGAUCGGUGUAGGAACAAAGAUCGACCCGACCUUGUGCAGAGGUGAUCGAUUGGUCGGACAGGUGCUCGGUGCGGUCGGCUCGCUGCCGGCUAUCUAUGUCGAGCUGGAGGUCCAAUAUUUCCUCCUCAGAAGGUUGCUGGGUGUCAAGACGGACGACAAGAAGCAGACCAAGGUCCAAAAAUUGGCAAAGAAUGAGGUUCUGAUGGUCAACAUUGGAUCCACCUCGACUGGAGGCAGAGUCAUGAGUGUGAAGGCAGAUCUAGCAAAGAUCUACUUGACACAUCCUGCCUGCACAGAGAUUGGGGAAAAGAUUGCGCUCAGUCGGCGUAUCGAUAAGCAUUGGCGGUUGGUCGGCUGGGGUACUGUCCGAGCCGGCUCUACCAUUGAAGCAGAAACAUCGUGAUUGGCCUCGUCAAGCAUGCAUCACGGCGCAUCCCAGUGCUCCUCCUUUCCCCGCGCAGGUUCACAUGUAUUACGCUUGUAACUUUGCACAUUUUGACAUUGCAAAAAUACAUGGUCACUGUCCCACGUCAAGCAAUCACGACGAGCGCUCUUAGAUGCGCAGGCAAAGACCGAGCGAGCGACCAGAUUAAGGGCCGAACGAGCAAUGUCUUGGCCGAUUCGGGCCC